AUGGAAAGUGAAUACGAAGAGGGUUCUGACUGUUUGAAGAUUGGCAAAUUUUUCGCGUAUAAAAACUACUGCGUAUUGCCAUAUGUGAGACGCAGCGGUUUGGAAGACAAUAUGAACAUCUACGAACGGAUAACUUUGGUACUCCAUGUUAGCCACGAUUAUCUGGAUGAUAAAAUCCUAGAGCAGCUUGAAUCAUGGGAUGGCCCGGUGACGUUGAUGGUGGCAAUUCCAUCGGCACAAAUCUACAAAAGGAUGCAAAAAAUCCAACAUACGCUAUCGCAGUUCCCGUUGCUGAUCCAGCACAAACUGAGCGCGCAUGUGCUGUUCCGCUCGGAUAAUGGAUGCGAUAAAGAUGUAGUGGGCGAACUCAACGAAACCGAAAGUACUUGGAAGUACCCGGUGAAUGUAGUACGUAACGCUGCAAGGAUGUUCGUACGGUCAAAAUACGUGUUAAUCGGUGAUUCGGAAUUCGCGUUCCCGAGAGGAUUUGAAUCAAGGAUGCGUGUGCUGGCACGUGAGCAGCUGGCCUACAAUCCUAAAACAGCACUAGUAGUGCGAAUAUUCGAAGUGGAUGAUGCCAUCAAAGAGCAAGUCUUUCUGACUUACGCCAAAACAAAAGCCAAAAGCCUCCCCAAAUUUCUGUGA